AUGACCUACAAGAUGAAGGGGCUCCUGGUUUUACUGCUCAUCGUCCUGAAGAAAGCUGCAAAGUUCGAAGAUUUGGAUCUGUCGUACAACAAGAUAACUAACAUCCAGCCUGGUGCAUUCCUUAACCUACUCAGCCUGAAAAGGCUUAAUCUAGAGUCUAAUGAUAUCACUGACAUUUCUCCUGGCGUACUUUCCAAUCUCCCCCGACUGAAAAGUCUUUCUCUAAACAACAACAAUAUAACUAUUAUUCAAGACAGUGCAUUUUCAAAUGCAUCCAAGCUCGAGUACUUGCAACUGUCUUUUAACCCGAUAUCAUACAUUAACCCUGGUGUAUUAUCAAGAUUACUUCAGUUAAAAGAUUUGGAAAUGCACAACAACAAAAUAACUUCCAUUCAGACUAGAACAUUUGCAAAACUACCUCAUCUCCAAUAUCUGAAUCUAAAAUACAACGAAAUAACAAACAUCACGCAAGGUGCAUUCUACAACCUACCAAAGCUUUUGCUAUUGGGUUUGGAAUUCAACAAUAUAAGAUACAUUCAGUCUGGGGUAUUUCUAAACCUAACCCAGCUCAAAAUGCUCUUUCUAAAUUCCAACAAGAUCACUACUAUUCAGGUUGGUGCAUUCUCAGACUUGUUCCAGCUCGAGGAAUUUGACCUGUCCUCAAACGAGAUAGCAUACAUUCCACUUGGUACAUUCCGAAAUCUACCCUUGCUGAAAUACUUGUCCCUGUCCUCCAACAAGAUAACAAAUAUUCAAUCGGUUGUAUUUUCAAACCUUACCCAUCUCGAUACACUGUCCCUGAGUAAUAAUAAUAUACAGCAAAUCAUGUAA